CGUGGGCGGGGGCCGGGUGCUGGGAGCCUGGCGGGCCGCGAACGUAGCUAUCGCGCUGGGGCCGCCGAGAUUGAGUGCCCGGGAUGAACCUCACCUGGAAAAAGGGCUUCUACAAGCAGGACGUCAACAAGACCGCCUGGGAGCUGCCCAAGACCUACGUGUCCCUGACGCACGUAGGCAGCGGGGCCUACGGCGCCGUGUGCUCAGCCAUCGACAAGCGGUCAGGGGAGAAGGUGGCCAUCAAGAAACUGAGCCGGCCCUUCCAGUCGGAGGUCUUUGCCAAGCGGGCCUAUCGCGAGCUGCUGCUGCUGAAACACAUGCAGCAUGAGAACGUCAUCGGACUCCUGGAUGUCUUCACCCCAGCCCCUUCUCUGCGCAACUUUCAUGAUUUCUACCUGGUGAUGCCCUUCAUGCAGACGGACCUGCAGAAGAUCAUGGGGAUGGAGUUUGGUGAGGACAAGAUCCAGUACCUGGUGUAUCAGAUGCUCAAAGGUCUUAAGGACCUGAAGCCAGGCAACCUCGCUGUGAAUGAGGACUGUGAGCUGAAGAUUUUGGAUUUUGGGUUGGCACGGCACGCAGAUGCAGAGAUGACUGGCUAUGUGGUGACCCGCUGGUACCGGGCCCCUGAGGUGAUCCUCAGCUGGAUGCGCUACAACCAAACUGUGGACAUCUGGUCUGUGGGCUGUAUCAUGGCAGAGAUGCUGACGGGGAAAACUCUGUUCAAGGGGAAAGACUACCUGGACCAGCUGACCCAGAUCCUGAAAGUGACGGGGGUGCCGGACGCUGAGUUUGUGCAGAAGUUGAAUGACAAAGCGGCCAAAUCCUACAUCCAGUCCCUGCCACAAAGCCCCAAGAAGGAUUUCUCUCAGCUCUUCCCGCGUGCCAGCCCCCAGGCUGCAGACCUGCUGGAGAAGAUGCUGGAGCUGGACGUGGACAAGCGCCUGACCCCCUCUCAGGCCCUCACCCACCCCUUCUUUGAAUCCUGCCGGGACCCUGAGGAGGAAACAGAGGCCCAGCAGCCAUUUGAUGAUUUCUUAGAACAUGAGAAACUCACAGUGGAUGAAUGGAAGCAGCACAUUUACAAGGAGAUUGUGAACUUCAGCCCCAUUGCCCGGAAGGACUCUCGGCGCCGGAGUGGCAUGAAGCUGCAGUGACCCGUCUAGCCCGACCCUCGGCUGAGCCCAGGAAUGGCCACAUGGUACCACCUGCCAGGCACUGCCCCUGGGACCAAUAUUUAUUUAUUGAAGUUUUAGCCCGUCUUGGAUUAUAGCCUUCCAAGUAGAGGACAGAGGACCCUUGUCCUUGUGUAGGAAACAGGCCUAGUAGAUGCAGAAUUCAGAGGUGAUGGUUGGGAGAAAAUAGCUAUGAUCAUAACUGGCCAUAUUAAAGCACCAAUCUGGAGAAUCGCCUGUGUGUGGGGUCCUUACCUGCAUGGCUGUAGUGGGGCUGAACUGGGGCAGGAGUCUACGGCAGUGAUGGUGUAUUAGUUUGCUAGGGCUGCGGUAACGAAUUAUCACAAACUGUGUGGCUUAAAAUGAUAGAAAUUUAUUCUCACAGUUCUGGAGGCUGGUAGUCUGAAACCAAGGUGUGGGCAGGUCCAUGUUCCCUUUUGAAGGUUCUAGGGAAGAAUCCCUCCUGGCCUCUUUUUAGCUUCUGGUAGCUCCUGGAAUCUUUGGUGUUCUUUGGCUUAUAGCUGCAUCACCCCUAUCUCUGCCUCUGUCUUCACAUGGCCUUCUCUGCUCUGUGUAUUUCUGUCUUUGGCUGAUCUUAUAAGAACAUCAGUCACUGAAUUUAGGACCCACCCUAAUCCAGUGUGAUCUCAUCUUAAUCCUUAGUAAUUACAUCUGCAAAUAUCUCAUUUUCAAAUAAAGUCACAUUCUGAGGUUCUGGGUGGACAUGAAUUUUGGGGGCACAUUUUUCAACCCACUACAGAUGGCCAUGAGGGAGGGGCCCCAUCCCAGAGCCCCUUUGUUGCGGAGCCAAACGUGUUUGGCUGCUAAAUUAAAGGAGUUGCAGAGAGCUGCAGCUGGUGAGACAUUGCAUGCAGGUUAUUUUGGGUGAGUGAUCAGCAAUCAAGAUAUGAAACAGCAGGCUUGUUGACUGGGAGGUGCAAAAGGCAGAAAUGGGCUUUUUCCAGGAAAACGGUUCUACUCCUUCCCCCUUUUGGGAAUUGUACAUCUCUCCUGAGCUUUAACCUGACAAUGGAUUGGAUCCUUCUGUUCAGUUUUGAAAACUCUGUUCAGGUCUCAAACUUCCCUAUGCACCAGGGCCUGGUUAAUAUGCAGAUUCCUGGGCCCAGCCCCUGGGGUUUUGAUUUAGCAGGUCUGGGGUUGAAACCCUAGAACGUUUGAAUGAGGACCCCUUCACCUCAACCCAAGCCCAGUGAUUCUGAUGGAUAUCUGACCACAUUUAGAGAAACAUUUAGUUGAUUUCAGUACCACUUAAUUUGUCAAAAGGCCUAAAUUAGAAAACUACAAUGGGAGACUGAGGGGCUUUAGAUGACUUUCACACUCUCAUUUUAGAGAUGUUAAAACUAAGGCUCAGUCAGGGCAUUUUUAGGGCAGUGAAACUAUUUUGAAUGAUGUCAUGGUGGAUACAUGACAUUAUGCAUUUGUCACAACUAGUGGAACUGUACAACACAGUGAGUGAACCCUCAAGUAAACUAUGGACUUUCUUUAAUAAUAAUGUACCAGUAUUGGUUCAUCAAUUGUAAUAAAUGUACCACAUUAAUGUAAGAUGUUAAUAUUUAAUAUUAGGGGAAACCAUGGGGGUGGGAGGGACAGAGUAUAUGGAACCUUCUGUACUUUUGGCACAAUUUUUCUGUAAACCUAAACCUGUGCUAAAAAAUAAUGUCUAUUUUAAAAAAGAAGAAGAAAAAGCUUGAGGCUCCAGAGAGAUACCCAUGAUGAGAAAGUGGUAAAGUCAGGAUUUGAACCACAGCAGCCUCGAACACUGUGCCAAAGGCUGUCAACCCAAGCUUGGAAUCAAGGGUUGCCAGCCUCCUCGCCCUUCUAGCCUGUCUCUGAGCUUCUUCACUGCUGCCUGUGUCCAAGGAUCCUGUUUUCUCUCCCAAGGAGUGGCCCUCCUAUCCAGGAGGGAGGAGUGGAUCGAGGGAGGGACUCUGACCUUGCUGGUGACUAAACUGCCACUGGUCCCCUUAGUCUAAAUCCUUCAGUGAAUUUGCCUUCUGAGACUCCUCAAUAGCCCCAAGGAAAGUCUAGCCUUCUUGGCCUGGUAGUCAAAGUCCCCUGCAUUCUCUAACCUCAUCUGCUCCUACUGCCUCCCGUUUUCCUUAUGCCAGCAUGGCCUGCCAAGGAACACCAGCCCUGGGAUACCCCAUGAGGCUCAGUAACAGGUUAAAGGCUCUGACAAGUCCUACAGUGAGGAGAACUGUUCAACAUCAUUGUUUAAUCCAGAACUUGCCAAAUGUGCUUAACUGCAGGACCCCCUUUCUCCUGACGGCCAGCACACACAGAAGCCUCUUUGCCUAGUGCAGCCCAGUAUGCAGGUCCCAAAACUGCUUCUCCCCAAGCAGGCCUGGAGCUUGGGCUUCUUUCAAAGCCUCUGCAGAGAAGGCCCUCCCUCUUUCUCCUUCUUAUUCCCUCAAGACUUUGCCUCAGGCCUCCCUCCAGGAAGUCAUUCUCCAUCACCCUCCAUCAGAGAAUGGGCAGCUUCCUCCCUCUGCCCCUGGCCCUCUAUGAACAGCAUUUACAGUGUGUAUGGUUCUGCUUCCCCUCCCCGUUGCCCACUGUGAGCCCCUGAUUGGAACAAACAUCUAUGAAUGAAUGAUGUCCCAGGGGCCUGUUGGUCGUUUCUCUGCCCAGAUCAGACCAGCAUGGUAUCCAGGGCAGCAGAGAACCCAGCAGGAAGCAGAAGUGGGUGGCUUGGCCAGUACCUUAGAGUUUUUCCCCUGAAAAUCUCAGGCUCUCAGACUCCCAGGCCUCUCCCCAUCAUCCCUCAGUGUCCUCCAGUCCAUCCCCCACCCAGAAUUAAACUUCUGUGUGUCACCUCAGCCCCUUCUCUACAAUUAUCUCAAACUUGGGAAGUUUCUCCAGAGGGAGGUGAAGGUGCUGAGCAGUGUGAAGGGGUUCGUGGGUUCUGCCUUACCCUGUGGGUACCUGGCCAGAGUGACAGGAAAUGAGUCCAUUCUCAGGCUGGGUGGGGGGAAGGGGCUGAGCUUGGGGUUCUGGGCUCAGUUACUCUCACAGUUGGCCUGCAGGUCUUUUGCCCCUGGCCCUUGGUGGACAGGGUUGAGCUUUGCCCUGUGGCCAGUGGGGCAGCUCAAAAGGUCUUGACAGAGAUAAGGAAGCCAGACUCAGGAACUGGAGAGAGGUCAGUAACAGCAACUGUGCCCUCGAUUCUCUCCUUUGUGAAAUGAAGGGUGUCUUUGCACAAAGGCACAGCUCCUCUCCUGAGGCAGCCUGGGCCUAUCGCUGGGGCCUGGCAAUUUGUGUCACUUGGGGCAGGGCUAGCCUGGCAUGAAAUGGGGGUGGCACUGCUCCCAGUGAGGGGCAGCACGUGGAAAGUUCCUCCAUCUCUGCCCUUGCAAGGAGAGCCCGGUGUGCACAGAUGUCCCAGUGCCUGCAAGGGUGGAGGCUUGCUUGAAAGAGGGCUUGGCUCAACUUUCACCUGGCACAUUGAAAUAGCUUCUGUUCUCCAGGAGGGUGUGGGACAGUCAUGUCCCUUAGCCGAGAUACAACCACAGCUGGGGAGGGAGGAAUCUCUUCCUCUUUUCCCCACAUUUUCUGUCCUCAUUCUCCCUAAACCCCCUGUGAUUUAAGGUAAGAGGCUGGUGAUUUUCCCCUUAUUCACAAUGGGCAGCAGAGGCCCAAGGCUACUCUACCAAGCUAAAGAAGAUGUCGCUGUCAUGCCUCACACCCCUACCCCAAGAUUUCCUGGAGCAGGAGCAGUGCCUGGUGGGAUUCUGACCUCGUUCCUCCUGUGGGAGCCUAUGCUCAGCGGGGCAGCCGUGCUCACUCUGGGCCAGAGUGUCAACAAGGCCCCCCCACCCCGCCCCGUCUGGGGGCUCCUGACCUUUUUUGUGCCGCGGAUCCCUUCUCAAAAUAUUUUCCUAUGCAUAAAAUAAAAUACACAGGAUAACAAAGGAAGCUAGUUAUGUUGAAAUACAGUUGUGAAAAUAUUUAAAUGUG